CAGUAAAUCACCAACAUACUCGUUUGCCAACAGCUAGCAAAACUCAAAGAAGUUAUAGCAGAUUCAACUUCCCGAACACCAGGUGGCGGUAAUGCGCCUCACGUGCACGUUGUAAUUGUCAAACACAAGAGGAAGUACUUUGGUCACGCCCUCAAUGAACACAGUAGGAUUUCCAAGAUGGGAACCCAAGUGAAAGAUGUCAUCAUCAAGCCUGACGCUCCCAGCUUACUGAUGCUGGACAAACACGCAGACUACAUCGCUGCCUACGGCUCCAAAAAAGAUGACUACGAGUACACACUGUCUGAGUUCCUGAGGAUGAGUGGUAUCUACUGGGGACUGACGGUGAUGGACCUGAUGGACCAGCUGCCUCGCAUGAACCGCGAUGAGAUCAUCGACUUCAUCAAAGCUUGUCAGCAUGAAUGCGGCGGCAUGAGCGCCAGCAUUGGACAUGACCCCCACCUGCUCUACACACUCAGUGCUGUCCAGAUCUUGUGCUUAUAUGACAGUGUGGACGCAAUAGAUGUUGACAAAGUGGUGGAAUAUGUCAAAGGGCUGCAGAAGGAAGACGGCUCUUUUGCGGGAGACAAGUGGGGUGAAAUAGACACAAGGUUUUCCUUCUGUGCUGUUGCUACACUCUCUUUACUGGGCAAGAUGGACAAGAUGAAUGUUGACAAAGCUGUGGAGUUUGUAUUAUCCUGUAUGAACUUUGAUGGGGGUUUUGGUUGCAGGCCUGGUUCAGAGUCUCACGCUGGUCAGAUUUACUGCUGCACUGGCUUCCUGUCGCUCACUGGGCAGCUUCACCAGGUGAACGCGGACCUGCUGGGCUGGUGGCUCUGCGAGAGGCAACUGUCCUCUGGAGGCCUUAAUGGACGACCGGAGAAGCUUCCAGAUGUAUGCUACUCAUGGUGGGUGUUGGCAUCACUAAAAAUCAUUGGCAGGAUUGACUGGAUCGACAAGGCCAAGCUGCGAAGGUUUAUUCUGGCCUGCCAGGACGAGGAGACGGGAGGUUUUGCAGAUAGACCAGGAGACAUGGUGGAUCCUUUCCACACUCUGUUUGGAAUCGCGGGUCUCUCCCUCCUCGGAGAUGAACAGAUCAAGCCGGUGAACCCGGUGCUGUGCAUGCCUGAGGACGUUCUGCAGAGGGCAGGAGUGCAGCCGGACAUCCUGAGCUAACACACUUCACCACACCGUCCCAAACAUCACAACACACUCAUACACACCAUCCUGCUGAACUCACCAACUACCUCCACUGGACAUUAAGAGCAUGGGGAGGACGUGUCACUCAGUGCAGUGUUAAUGUUAGCGGAAGGCGACGGACUCUAGUCAUAAAGGAAAAUCAUGGUUAGACGCUGUUCACAUGUAGCGUCUGAAACACAUGGAAUAACUUUUGAAGUGUGAUUAUUUAAGAUGCUUGCUGGUCAUGCUCCUGUCGUUACUAAGUAACCUAAACACAUGAACCGAGAAGACAAUGAAGCAGCAGCGGUUUCCUCACAGGGGUUUCGGUUACACUGGGCUACCAGUUUUGAAUGCGAAAUUCAGAUAUCUGUUAAAACUUUAGUGCAAAGAUGACCUGGGGGCCAUUGAGUGGGUAGCUCGGUCAGCAGAGGCAGGUGAAGGGAAAAUAGAGCCUAAAAUAAUACCAUCAUGAUAUCGAAAUAAUGAUCUUUAAGAUGAUAUUUCAUAGAAUUUCAAAAUAAAAGUGUGUGUUUUGAUAUGGAAUGGUAAA